CACGUAUUAUGUAUAUGAUAUUUUCCGACAGAUGGGAUUGUUCUAUGUUGAGGUAGAAAUGGCCAUAUCAGAUGAAUUCCAAGAGUUUUGUGUGCUUGAAUGCUCAGGAUGCAAACAGAAGAAGCGCACAAAGGAUAGAAAGGCUUUUGAAUGUCCAAAAUGCAAUCGUAAAACAGCAUUAGUGCCUCGGUGUAUCUUUCAAAUUGAUCUUAUUGAUGGUACUGCUACACCCACAUCAUCUAUCUCUGCUGAAUUGGGAGAAAAAUUACUCUCCAUGACAGCGGAAGACAUAUUUGACAUAACUUGCGCUAAGGUGAUCUCUCAUUCCCGCUGGCUACUUGUACACAUGUAUUGUCACAAUACCAUAUAUCUUGAGCAGAAAUAGUUUAGCAU